AUGCGUUUGAACUUUGAACCAAAUCCGCGGCUACUAGGGCAGCUGCAUAGAGGUAUUGGGGCUCGCAAACAACAAUUCAGUCACUUGAGAACCCUUCGUGAACGACAGACCUCAGAUGCGAGUGGAUUCAAAGACGAGCAGAUAUCAACGGUACAAGAGAGGACUCUCUUUGAACAGAUCUUCUCUCAAAUCAUGAAAAAGGAUGAGCAAAAGAAGAAGACUAAAGAACUGCUGAAACCAAUAAUUUCACUAACAAAGGACGACCAAAACCAAAUGCACAAGGGCAAUGAUUUGCAGAUCGUGUUCGAGAAGAAGAAAUCUGAUUCUCAAACCUUGAAGCUAUCGCGCUUUCUUGAAGAUGCUGAUACAGAAGGCAAUGUUGGUUCAGCGGGGCUUGCAAGAUUAACAACGGAUGACAUCAGAAAGUACCCUGUGUCCUUGACUUCUACAUAUUUUGCAGAUUCAGGUGAUGACUCCGCUACAAGAACAACAUCCGAAUACCUUGGCAAAAUCCUUUCGAAAGGCACCCUUGCAAAGGCGAAGGCAUCUGGGCGAGAAAUAAGCCCAGAGACCCUAAACCAGAUUGAAACUAAACAUAAGCUCAACGCAAAACUCGAAGAACUUUUGAGGCCACACAUGUCGUAUUUAUUCUCGCGCAUCCAAACGGACAGCGACUGUAUCGAGGUGUUAGAAGGCUACCUCAAGCAGUAUCGUACUAGAGACACUACGCUAGAGAAACAUACAGCAAAUACAUUUGCGGAUAUUGAAAAAUCAGCAAGCAGCGACCCGAACCAGCUGCCACAGCCUUUCGACAUAACAAUGCCAUUUGUCAUCAGAUUUAUUUUGACAAGUGACAGUUUCAGCUUUCCUUCCAAUAGAAAAUACACGCUAAUAUCUCUGGUCUACAACGCUUGCAAGCGAGCUUCGGACAUGUCGCUGUAUCUCAACAUUUGUAAUGUUGACUUCUACAACCUUUUGAUCGAAUACUCGUGGGAAAACUUCCAAGAAAUUCAUCAGCUGAAAGAUAUCGUCAAAGAGAUGAGUGUCAACGGUAUAAUGGGGGACCUGCGGACCGUCGAUCUUCUUGACUAUAUCGCAAAAAGUAUGCAGUAUAUGAACGACGGAAUUUUAGAGGAGACUGAAGGAUCCGAAAACCUGCAGACAGUUGGCCUGGUGUGGUGCCGAGAAAACGCGCAAGAUCUCAACUACGUCGAAAUGUACCUGAAGAAGCUGAAAGAGAGUCUAAUGUAA